AUGGAAUCAGCCGACACAUUCACGCUUCUCCCGCUGGUGAUGGACCCAGCCACCAAAGCUAUCAGCGCGAACCCCGCCAAUGCCGCGUUGAAGAACGAACUGGAGGCUCUCAACGCGCUGCACCGCGGUCUCCUCAGCGUGGGCACACCAACAGGCACACCACCUCCGCCUGUCCCCGUCAACCCCACCCGUAGCGCUCAAAUCGGCAAGCUCCGCGAAUCUGGCAAUAACGAGUUCCGCAAAGGCAACCAUGCACAAGCCGUCAAGCUGUACGGCCUCGCAAUCGACAUGGCGCUCGGCCGGCCGCACUGGGAGCCAUCAGGCCUGGUGCGCGAAGAAGUCAGCGGUUUGCUGAGCAACCGUGCGCAGGCGAAUAUGGCGCAGCAGAACUGGGCCGAGGGCGCUGUGGAUGCAGAGGCGAGCGUGGAGAUGAAGAAGGCAGACAACGCAAAGGGAUGGUGGAGGCGGGGCAAGUGCUUGGUGGAAAUGGGUCGAUUGGAGGAGGCGGAAACGUGGGUGAGGCAGGGGCUCGAGUUUGGCGCGAAUGAGCCGGACUUGGUGCAGUUAAAGCAAGACAUCGAGAAGAGGAAGGCUGGGAGCGUUUAG